AUGCGGUCUGCCAAAAUGUUUGGUUUUGAUGUUGAGGUUGGUUUGCCAUCAAAUUUUAGUACAUCUCUAGGUGUUGGGUGCUGGCUCUCUAUGGACUGGGGGAGACGUUGCUAGGUAUCCCGGUGGGGGGCAGAAAAUUCGUCUCCUAAAGGAGGCUUUAGAGGCAUACGCAAAUGAUUCGGACACAAUAGUUCUCUUUUUGGACAGGUAAUUAUGAGGUUUCAGAAACGGUUAUUUUAACCCUUUUGUUGUUCACACUUUACUCUCUUAAAUCAGUGCACGCCAGCUCUCCACCUUUGUCAUUAUUUUUGAAUAAAUAUAUUUGCAUGCCGAUUAUAUUUUAAGCUUUAAGUUCCAUCCUGCAUGUUCCCUCAAUUACAUUUUAGGGCUGUUUCAAAAAUUCUUCGCGUUUUAAUCUUUGCACUUUACACAAACGUACGACCACUUUGCUCACCCAGCCUAUAUACACUAAGGACAGAGUUGUAUUCAUCGAUAGAAAAAGGGGUUCUCUGUACAUCCGAUGCGCUGGUUGUUGUGUAGUUUGCCAUGGCGAAACUUGGAAGUCUGCCUCCACCCGUAUGCACGUGCGCCAGCCAGGCGUGAGUAGACAAGCUCACAUACCCGACUGACCAUGCACACACUGGAUAUAUGUUUGCAUCUAAGGGGACUCACAUCGUUGACCCAUGAUCAAAAAAGAUUCAUUACCUAUUCCUGGAGGCAUUUACUCAGAUGGGGCAUAAACCAGUAUACCUAUCUCUAUGCGCACAAGAAGUAGACAAGCGCAAAUUAUUCUGGAGGGCUGUCGCGAUGCAGUAAAUGUUCAUUGCCUCGGGCACCAGUCACCGCCAUUCGUGUUAUUAAUACACAAGAACGGCUUACUUGUUAGUCUUGAUUCAAAAAAGGUUCUACAUUUGACUGAAUUUUGCGGCUGUCGCAUGCAUUGGAUUGUAUGUGGCUUUCAAAGCAACAUGCCUAUUAGUGCCUCAUUAUCUUGGUGCACCGCACCCAUGGAUUUACGGUUUUUAUUCCUUCCGCAGAAGCCUACGGUGCUAGGUUCCUUCCUUGCAAAACGUAUGCUCGGUAUUUCUGUGGCUACCUGGAGUAGUAUAUUUUUGUCUUCUUCCCACCAACCGGCAUUCGUACAUAGAGAUGGAGGAAAAUUGUCUGAUUCGACCAUUAUAGCCUGCAUUACUACUGGAAUAUUCGAUUUGUUGACAAAUUCUAUUAAUAGCGCAUCCAGUUUUUCUGUAAUGAUCUCGAGUGCACUUUAUAUUGCUUAGUCACUUUCGAGAGCAUCCCGUUUUCGAGCAGAAAUGAAAUACCUCUACAAACUCUUCUCCCAAAAUGGGUACCCACAUAACUUUAUACGUUAAUGUAUGAGGCACCAACAACUCAAGGAAAAAGGUAUUUCCAAUGCUACGGCCGCUCAGGCACCAAAACCAACUCCAUGGCGAACUCAAUCAUACGUCAAAAAUAUACCUGAACUAGUCGAAAUACAAUUGAAAAGUACCAGAUACACGUAGCACAGCAGCCGGCAACUACCUUACGCACACAGCUUGUACACCCUAACGACAGGGUUGGCCAUCUCGAAAGAAAAGGUGUUGUCUACAAAAUCCCAUGUUCUAUUCGUGAUGCCGUUUAUUAUGGCCAAACUGGGAAAUCUGUCUCAACCCGUAUAUAUGAGCAUCAGUUAUCGGUGAAGAGACGCAACCAUAUAUCCCAGGUGGCCAUGCACACACUGGACACUGGACAUAAAUUCGCAUGGGAAAACACUCGCAUUGUUGGCGCCUGCCCAACAAAGAGAUGCCGCGAAUUCCUGGAGGCAGUGCACUCAGAUGUGUCAUGCAUCAACCGGCAUAUCGAUUUAGAUGCCACAUACAAAAUCGUUAAGGACUGAUUCAAACCGACCCAACCAAUGCCGAGAUGAUGACCUUAACCAAUCAUAGAGUCCUUUUGCCAGACUCAGUCUAGAAGUUAAUUGUUUUUGCACGCCCGUUGUCUGAAGACGAACUGGGGAACCAGUCUCGAAAAUUCACAAUAAAAUUUUGCUGUUUCCCAAAUAACUUCACCUUUCUAACAAAUUCUCUUAUACGUAAAUAGUCAACCACGUUCGUAAAAUGUACAGGUUAGGUAAACAGCGCAUUUGUAGUUUUUCGUUUGAUCUACAUCUGAUUUUUCUUCUAUAAGUUAUUCGACGCUGUUCGUGUAUGAGAAAUUUCGCCACGUGACCGGUCUGGACCUCUGUGAUGGUAGCAGUACCUAUUUAUUUAGACUCUUAAUGUCUCAGGCACCUAUGAGCAAAGUCGAGAGAGUAUCCAUUGUGGGAAAAGUAUCUGAAAAGACAUUCUAUUUCUGCACGAUAACUUUUUGCCGAAGCAGUCAGUUUUGGUUAGCAGUGGCAAACUGUUAGCAAGCCCUCAGUCGCAUGACAAAUUAAGUUUACUCUCAUAAUAUUGAACGCUCUCUGAGUUUUUUCUGCUGUAAACCGACGAAUGCUAUUUUGAAUAUGUGUUCAUGCGCAGCUAAUUUUUACUAAGAAUAGUACCUACUCGUUCCGUUCUUGUAAAAGCUCGUCUGUCAGCCUGUAGUCGCUGCUUAUUAAAUUUUUACGUAGGUACAAUCUGGGGCCACUGUUGUGAUGACUCUGAAAAAGCUAUCAAAACGCCUUUCUUAUUAAAAGUUCUCGAUAUCCACGGCUGUGUUCAUUUUUCGUUAACGCGGGCUUAUUUUAACAUGUCUGACUCCCGUAAUACGCACGGAAGUUGCCAGUUUACUUUUUUUCUUAUACUGUCUUUUUAAUCGCAUAUUGUCUACAACUCAUUGUGGUUUUGCCAAUCUAGCUAUGAUGUUGUCUUCUUGAAUGACAAAGCGGAAUUUCUGCGCAAAUACCGGAAAUUCGAUGCAAAAGUUGUUUUUUCAGCGGAAGUUUACUGCUGGCCUUCUCCCUCGCUCAAGGUAAUUUUGUACAUUUAGUACACUUUUCUUCUUUCACCGUCGGUUAAAUGACGCCAGCAGUCAACUUCCAAAUUUUGCCCCUGGCUACACAUGUCCCUCCCGUUUGCCCACUAAAAUUGCAAAAUUCAUAAUUCGGGUUCCAAUCCAAACAGCUGUGGCUUAAAUGCAUUCUUUGAAUCUGAUACGGUAAACUAGUCUAAUCCGUUAUCUUUAGAAGAUCGGCCUUGAGAACACGGAGUAAAGCCAUGGCCCAAUUCUUUUUUUUGACGGGGUUCAGUUUGCCGAACGCAAACUUCUCGUUUUAUUGGUCUAAAGACUUCCGUUUGAGUGACAAAAGUUUCCGAAAAGCUUCCUACUGAAGCUGCUCGUAGGAAUGCACGCUAUCACUCAAAACCUUUGUCCCAGCAAAGCGGUCCAAGUGUGAUGUUUUUGAUGUUAACUUCUAAUGCGGUUUGUAACCAUUGGAGCAGACCUCCGAAAGUUGCCAGAACGUCAUGUACUCCCUCUGCUCUCUUUUAUGGCAACGUUAGAUUUAUAUAACGAGCAAUCUUAUAUCAUUCAACUCGCCUUUAUUUAUCUAUCGUUUAGGCCAACUACCCACCAGUUACGGACGGCGAGAGCCGUUUCUUGAACUCCGGGUCAUUCGUGGGUCCGGCGGCAUCUCUGCACAGAAUUUUAAGUCAUGCACCCGUUGCUGACACAGAUGAUGACCAGCUUUACUACACCAAAAUCUUCCUUGACGAAAAGCUCAGGGUAUGCAUUUGCACAACCUUUAUACUCACUUACUUUAACGUCGUAUUCGUCUUGACUUUUACACGCUCGAAGCACGUUCUGUCCAGAAACUACGAAAUUAUUCAUGUGAGUAUAGAUCCCGAGGAAGUAGUACACUUUAAAUACAUUCCGACAUCUUCGUUCCGGACGCCAAUGCGAUGAAUCCCAACGUCGAUGAAUAAUCAUCGUUUAAAUAGAAGGAUGCGGACUCUAAAUACUACAGCUAACAGUUGAUAAUUUUAUGCCCCAUUUAGCUGAAUUAUUAGUCUAAGUCAACUUAUGCGGAUUAUUCGAAAUUUCAUGUUUCUCAGUCAAUAUUUGUGCAGCAAAUGGAAGUAGAAGGCUGCAGUCACUCUCUGCUUGACUUCUUUUGUUUAUUUGGAACGUAUCCAGUCAUUAGAGGCGGUUUAGCCCUUAAUGCUAGACAUAAAACCUUUUUAAGAAUGGAGAACCAUAUAUUUGUCAGCCGAAGGGUUGUUUGCAUUUCCACUCUGUCACCCGUUCAGCCACCCUUUUUAACCUGGGACAAGUAGAAAGAUAGUCCUUGGGAAUUAAGCUAAAUAGGUCGGAUAUGCAAGCGAGCGCAAUGCGCUAAGCAUAAGCAAGGGAACAAAUGUUUGAGUGAAUGUGUAGACCAGAAACCUCUGCCGUUUUUGUCUUUUGAAACACAAUGUUCUGUUCAACUGUCAACAAUCUUUUACCUUAUUCAGAAAGAGAUAGACAUCGCUUUGGACACAAGAUCGGAAUUAUUCCAAAAUCUGAAUGGUGUUCUAGGUAUCAUGCUUGCCGCAACUGUUGCGCUUGGUAUCUCCUUAAAUGCCCUGCAUGUAGCACUUCCUGUACCUCAGGACUUGUAUUUUAUGUGCUAUUCAUAUUUGUGUCUUUAAGUGCCUUGAAAAGUGACACCAGCGGACUUUUGAUUGCUUGUUACCGGAUGGAAGCUUUAAUCUCCUACGCCCGCAUGAAGUCCUCACAGAGCGUUUUUGGAUAUACAGAUUAUACAUUCUCUCUGUUUUUUCCUUAAGACGACGUCCAAAUCCAAUAUGGAGAUGAAACCGGCUACUUGUACAACAAGAAAACGUCUACUCGGCCCGUCGUGGCGCAUGGAAAUGGACCAAUAAAGGUAGGACCUUUUCCUCGGCACUAUAGACGUUCUCUAACAGAUCGAGUUCCCUUGUUUGUCGGUUUGGCUUUGGGGGCCUUUUUGUCAUAUUCGACCCACCAAAUUCUCCCUCUUCCCUAUUGGUCGGGUCUCUCUUUCACCUGACUACCAUUUGCGAGCACAUUGCUUAUCGCACCAAUCGUGUGGCGGCGUCAUUCUAGUUGGCAUGCCUGACCCAGUUUCAAAUGCAUAUCCCUCAGACUGCACCGGACCCACGUUCGCUUUUGCUGGGCAUCACAAGCAAGCCCUGCAAGCUCUGCAAGCUCGGGUCAGCGGCCGGAUUUUGCGAAUGCUGAUUCACUAUCGCCUAAGCAACUGUUGACCAUUGCAGUAUUUUGGCAUUCGUGGGCGCUUCGCGUGCGCUAAGGGCAGGGCCGACACACGCCGGACCACCGCUAGCAUGGACUUACGUUCACAAGCGAAAAGUAGGCUGCCACCCCUUAAUGCAAAGAACAUUAGUCGAUCGCUGCGAUAAGCGUUCUCCGAGCUUGGUGUAUUCCACUGGCACAAUUUUAUGAUACCUUAUAUCCUCUCCAUUUCUACCAGAUGGCAAAUUAUUCGUCACUCCUUUAUCUGUCGCCCACUUCGUGAGGCAACGCCAGGGAACGGCGUCGCAUUCGACGCUCGAGCUGUCGCAUUGUAAUCAACAAGUCUGUAAAGGAAACAGGCGGGAAGGCGGUGACAAGCACAGUAAUUACAGAAUCACAGUCAUGCGGAUUAAUAGCUACGCAGCAACUAGUAGUGGUCGGUAACUCCUUCGCCAAACUGCCCACCGCCCCAAAUGAGGCGUCAUGGCAGGUGAGGGCCAGUUACUCGCCAAAACCACAAUGGGUCACCGAGCGGUCUUCAAGAAUGACAAUUGCGGUGCUAAUAUUGCCUCUUGUGAAUCGGAUGUGUUUUCAAAACGCCACUGUAGUGAACGACUGAUUCCCGACGUCGUCUACCAUUUAUUCUUGGUUGGACGAUUUUUCUUAUCCGGCUAGCUAUUUAUUUUGUGCGGUUAUUAGGGUUCCGUCAAAAGAAUUUUUUCCGACACAAGCUUUUCGACUGAAGGGCCACAAAAACAUGUGCGUGCGCACACAGGAUCAUUUACAACAGUGUUCCCGCACUCACAUAGUGUCGUGCGUCUUAAGCCGGUUGUAAAGGCGUCCCUAUAAUGACACACAAAACGGCCGCCGAUUUUCGGACGGUUCCAGUUGACUCGUGCAAAGGAACCUCUUUACAAUUGUUCAAUCUUAAUUUCUCUUAUUCCUGCCUUUUGCCUUCUAUGGUGCUGUCUCAAAGGUGCAAUUCAACUCGCUGACCAAUUACAUGCCAAGAAUGUGGACUCCCAACCGCGGCUGUCAGCACUGCCAUGAGGACAACAUCAAGCUGGAAGAGCUUAGCGUGAGUUUAAUACAUUUCAUCCGCGUUUUUACCGAUUCACCUUUCGUCAAUCUAACCCCGCUGUCUGUUUGAUCUGAGUUACGUCUGUGUUUUAUGUUUUUCAGCACUUGACGUCAGAGGUUUUAUGCCUAAGACCCAUGGUCGAUGGUUCUCAAGGUUGGAAAGGAUUGGAUUUCCUUUCGCCUCUGUGCAGUUGCCUUCAUUUUAUAACCCAUCCAAGUUUAUCCUGCGGCAAUGAAUGAUGCCUUGACGUCUGAUUUAUAACGGAGACAAAACGCCUUUAAAUCGGCGGUUUAACGACUACUAACAGACAAAAAUAUUAGUUUUUUUGCAAUAAAUCCUAUUUACUGUCGCCUCGGCAGCAGAUGUCCAGAUUAUCUGUUGCCCACUCAAAGCUACCUGCUUCGGCAAACCAUAUUUAGACGGAUCAGAUGUUUAGAGGAUUCUGAUUUUGAAGACCAGUUGUCGAGCAUACAUGUACUUUCGGCAAAUUCCCAUCGGGCCAGUGCAUUUAUAUGCGAACGGGGUACAAGUAAAACAUGUGGAAGACAAGCGAAAUCAAUUACAGUUUGUCCUUUCCCGUAAAUGGGUGUGGGGACAGGCAGGGGUAGGGGAGGAAUAAGAGACUGUGAAUUAGGAGGCACCGAGGCUUAGGCGGAAGUUGGGGGGAGGGGGGGGGGCGAUAGCGCGGAGGAGUGCAUGCAAUCAACCGACUUUUGUUUACGGUAGACGUGGGGCUUGUACGAGGUUCUUCUGUGCGUACAAGACCGGCUUUCGUAAGUUGAUGCCAGUCGCCUCUACUCUUGCCAGCAGACGCUUGCCCAAUAACUUAGGGUUGUUCGGUGGGACCUCAUUAAGCACAUGGAAUACUGCGUUGGGGGUCCACGAUGCGCGGAGUCAAAUAUGUGUGUGAGAAUGGCGCUGUUUAUGCAUUUAUCUUCGCCUUUUUCUCCAUCAUGCCGGGAGGUGUUCCCGUAUUUUGGAUACGCGUCUACCCUGACUGCAUCGGAGUCUAUUGCUACAAUUUUUUCAUUCGGGCUGCGCACAACUUUUCGCUUUAAACAUCUAAAUACUUCCCCUUCCCUAUUAAUUUGUAGGAGGACUUCUAUCCGGUUGUGCAAAUCAGCGCCUUCACCACCACACCGACACCCUUCAUUGAAGAUUUCUACAAGAACCUUGCAGACCUGAACUAUCCCAAACAUCGCAUCUACCUCGUCCUCUACUGUAACGUAUGUAAAUCUGCAUGUUGAUACUCCAGUCCUCAAAAUAACUAGAUUCUGAAUUUCGACUGAUCCUCUUGAUCCCAUGACGCACUAAUCGGUUUUGCUCAGUCCAUGGGAGUCGGGUUCCAUGAUCCUACUGUAAUAAUUUCAUUUUGAUUAGAGAACCAAGUUUCGCUAACCAAUGUUUGUUCUUAGUUGGAGAUGUAAAUUUCGCCGCUUCCUCGACGUCUGGGGAAUUUGCGAAAUACGCGUUCUCGAAGGGCUAGUAGAUUGGAGCAAGGAAAACUUUUUCAGUGGAUGUUUUGGGAAUGAUUUUCGCUUACCUGACAAGGGAGUGUCUCAAACGAAAAUUCAAACUGCCUCAUGCCCUUCCCCUCCCCGUUCGUUGAUCUUUCUGAAAUGGGCAGAAAUUCACCCGCUCCUUUCUGCACCUUGUAAUAGGUUGAAGAACAUUAUGCAACGCUUCUGGAGUUUAAUGCCACACACGCAUGGGAAUACAAAUCUUCUAUCAUACUCAACGAGAAAACCUAUCCGACAGAACUUGCUGCCAAAAAGCAGGCCUGGUAAGGGUAGUGUUUUGGUGUCUUACUGUUGAACAUCCAUGCAUUCGGCUUGUCCGAAAUUGGUCCGCAGUCGCAAACUUUCCUAUGGACACAUUUAAAUCCUUUGUCUCUCGGCAGGUCUGUGUGUCUCAGCUACGAAGACUGCGCCUUUGCACUGACCUUGGACUCCAUCGCUCGACUCACUAACAAGGACACUCUUUACCACCUCGUCCGAAUGAACCGGAACGCUCUUGCUCCCCUACUCUCCCGCCCUGGAAAACUUUGGUCAAACUUCUGGGGCGCUCUCAACCACGAGGGCUAUUAUGCCAGAUCGAGUGACUACAUGGACAUAGUUUUGGGCAAGCAACGGUGGGUAAUGACCCUGACACACGUCAUUAUGGCAUGUCAUUAUUGCAUUAUUGCAUUGCAUUAUUGCAGUCAGCUUUUGUAUGGUCCCUCUGAGGACAUUCGCCCUACAUGCAAGUACUAUACAAAGCACACUAUUUUAAUUCGAUUACCUUUUUCUCUCAUUGGGGCUGCUUUGCACGACUUCUAUGCGGAAGUUGGACCGGAAAUGUAGGCGAAAUCCGUGUUUCAGUUAGAUAUCACAAUUUCCGCAAGAAGGGUUUAACGCGCGCAUACAAAGUCAGCACUGUUAAACGGAAACCCGAUGAUACUAACGUUUUGGGUGACAUUCCAAAUACUGGGAGGUGCAGUCAUCGCAACCGAAUACUCUAAAUGCAACAUUUCCCUAGAGCCUGCCCAUCUCCGAAACGUUUGAUAUACCCACAUUCAUAUUCGCAGACCCUGGACUGUGCUCAGCUAAUUGGCAGAGAAACACAGUGCAAAUAUUUUGAAAUGGGACGUUUUUGUUCAGUGCAAUGUGUCCCUACUCCGGUUGAGAAGCAACUACAUUACUUCCUGUUUAUAUUACAAAUCGGCAUAAAAAUUAAGCUUCUCGAUGAUGCUGGUAUUUCAUACAGCUGUUUAAGAUGCGCUUUAACCUCUUCUACCCCUUGAAUAAGUAUGUGGGUGUGUUUAACUGUUAUGCCCAUUAAACUCUUAGUAAUUAGUGACACCUUGGUGUUCCGUGGGCAGAAGUGCGCAAUCUCGGUGUUUGCAGGCCACGGCUUCGUGUGUUUUUUUACUUUACAAAUUAACCAGACAUUAAUUAAACACCUGCCCCCCACUGAGUGCAGGUCUGAAUCCUUAGCUCUAAUAACCCAAGAGAUUGAUGACAGUCACUCACGAGCAGUUUGAGCCUUAUAUCGCCAGGCAAAUAAGCUUGGCGAUAUUUCCUUUGAUUCUUCCCAUAGCAUUGUCGGCCGUUGACAGGCCAGAGGUGCUGAUCUAACGUAGACCAUAAACGCUUUGACCGAGGGGGCCAAAUACCCCCUGCAGAAUAGCACUGUUUACGGCGGUAGGCUAGACGCUGGUCUUGUAUCUGCGCCGACUUCUCUGACCGGACGCAAUCACGACAUAAUAAUUGAACUGUUUUCAUGCUGCAGUUUGAGCAGAACCGACCUUCUUCUGCAUCGUAGCAUGAUCAACCAUGUCGUUGCAAGUAGUUCGUACAUUACAACUUCCUACUCUUCAGGGGUAUUUGGAACGUACCGUUUGUGAGUAGCGCUUACCUCUACUCACGUUGGACAGUUCGACAACUGGUGAAUCUGCCCAUCUCGGAAGAAGUGUUUGCUGACAUGGCGAUAGCGGAGGCAGCCCGUUCAAAGGUAUGCAUGUCCUUACUAUAUUGCAUAGUCCCCUUACUUUAAAAAUUAUUUGUUCUGCGCUCUACCGACUAGUCACCCUCUUUCCAAGCUUUUCUUGCAGACGCUUGUCACGCGACUUUUGUGACAACUGUUUAAUCACCUAACUGUGAUGUUGGUAUUUUGUGAUCGUCGACUCUCCCUUUUGUCAGUUACUGUCCUGUUCGGCAGCUCUUAUCACCUACGCUGACAAAUGUGAGGUUGACAGGAGGAGACAGAAAAACUGCCUAAGUCAGGUUUAGCACAGCCCAGCAAGACUACUAAACGUGGUAUGUUUACUGUGUAGUCACCAAACGUGUCACGCAGACCCCACACUCAUGAUAUUGACUAUGAUACUUUAAAAGUGCCGUAAGCCAUCGAACUCUAAUGGAGGUGCUUUGCGCAGACUUAGUUGCAUUGUAGGCGAAAAACCUUUUGCCGAAAAUUUGCUGAGGAACUUGAGUUUAAGCACUGCUAAGUUGUUUAAACUGUUUUCUAGUAUGCCAUUUCAUCCAAUUUCAUGUGCCUCCCUUCUCCAAUCUUGAUAAGUAGAUUUUUCGUUUCGAUUGGUUGCCUCGUUAGUAAAGUCAAGCAUAUGUAUAGUCGGGCAGUCGCAUGGCGACUGCAUUCGAGGGUUCUACUUUGAGCCCCUAGGUACAAUAGGAUGAGCACGUUUCGUAACCUCAUCAGUGAGCGCCCAUCUACCAUAUACACAUUUCGAAGGAAAUUAGUUCUUUGCGAAAGGUAACGAAUUUUAUUUUCUAUCAAAUGUUGUGUUUGACUUGUUCAUUCAGAAUAUUUUCCUCAUGGUCGACAACCAAGCAUAUUUUGGGCAUCUGAUCAACGCGGACUCAUACACAACCAAACAUCUCUACAAUGAUAUCUGGCAAGUGUUUGACAAUCCACAGGCAAGUUUCUUAUGUCUAAGUCUUCAUGUCCCCCAUUCAAGCUCACUAGUAACUAUUAUUCGUACUCUGCCCUUUUUGAUUUCCUUGGAAACUAAUGCGCGAACUUGAAAUCCCUCGGGGUAAAACUUUUUAGGCUCCCUCCGAAUGUUAAUAUCAGUAUUUGAGCUGAAAUUCAUCAGAUACUGCGGAAUAACCGCAUAAUAUUCACUAGCUACCGACAGGCACUCUGAAUAUUUGUACAUUCACACCUAUUAACUUUCCAGGUGUGAACAUUACCCCACUACUUUGCUGAAGUUGAUAUUACUGAACUCAAAUACUUCCAUAAAAAUUUGGUCAGGCGUAGUAGAUCCUGUCUCGAAGACUUUCUUCCAGUUUCCUCCCAUAAUUAUUGAUUAAGAAAACAGCAUUAGGAAACGCACCUUGGCCUAUACUGACACCAGGGGCAGGUUGGGGAGGGGAGGGGAGGUGGGAAACGGAUUGACUACUGCUGAUUGGACUAACCGGCGGCGUCUUCUCUAUGUUGGGUUGCUGUGGCUGCCCAAGUACCUAAACAGACUAGUGAGGGUUUUGAAUGUGUUUACUGCAGUUUUUUGGCGGAUUGAGGGUCUUCGGUCAUUGUUGGCAGUGUUCUUUUGCUUUGCGUCCGUGCGGUUAUGAUUUUGGUGUCCAACGGUGGGAUUCCGCGCCUUGAGUAUACGUUGGCUGGUGCGGCGCGUUGGGUGGGGUUCAUCACCACCCGAGUCUCGGUCUCGCAUUACUCCUGGUCUUCUUUGGCCCACGCGCUCAUUUACUUUAGGGGUCAGCAGCCCGCCAAUUCGUGCAUAACGGUCUACCACGUUUUUAUUGGAUUCCGAGCCAUUGUAACGAAGUAUUAGGGCUGUCCCUUUGUUGUUUUCCCUUCCCCCCUGUCAGCGAGACCCUGUAACUGAAUCACCGUUUAAUGACUCUUGGGGAGGCAUUUGUUUGGCAUCUGCAUAAAAUGGCUUCUCCAUCGAUGGGGGGUCUUCUUCUGCAUUGCAAAGAUGCUGAGUGUGCCGAUCGAUUCCGGGACCUGGAUAUCCUGAGGCUGUUCUUGCUCCCUCAUAAAUCCUCAGAAGACAACUGGCGUGGGGCGGCUGACUUUCCUCAUUCUGGCCCUAAAAGAUGUCCUGGUUUAUGCGCUGAAUAGACUUGGUCGCGACAACGAACUUCCACCAUAUUCAGCUGGAUAUUGAGAAGGAUGCCGUAAUUGUUCCCCGCCGAAUGUUAUACUUGUUGAAAUUUCUAGCUGGUAUUGGAGAUUUGAGCAAGUACUUCCUCAUCGACUGUGCCGUUCCAAAAGAUUAGACUUUACGGUUAAACAAAAUAAUCCAGAACGCCUUUGAGCUGUUCAGUUUCAAUGACUGCCGGCUCAUGUAUUGCACAAUUUACGCCAAUUCUGUUUUACUUUCAUCUUGUACUUAUUAACGCCCAGUCCUGAAUUUACGCACCCAAGACUAAGUGAUAAAACUUCAGCCGCAUGUCUGCUUUUGAGUGGCGCAAGGAUUUACAUUUAUUAGCCAGUUAGAGUCUUCCUGUUGGCUCAAUUCCAGUCGUUUUGUUACGCUGUGCGGUCAGGGCUUCAAUGCAGAAGGACGCGAAAGCAUCCGGUUGAAUCAGGGAGCGCCACUCCUACGUAAAGUGGUCAUACAUAGGUAAGCGAUAGUACGAGUGCGUAGGUCGAUGAUCCUAGGCUGCUGGCCCCAGUUACAACCCCAGGUCGUCCGGCCAUAGAAUUUAGGUUGUCUGUUUUGUCCACGAACCUUUUUCGACUAACGUUGACAUCCAAAUAAAAUUCGUCCCUUUAAAGAAUUCGGCACGUGAGUGUAUGCAGGGUUUAGUGGCAUACGAAAUUAUGAGCGAGCUGCAACUCUUUGCAUGCAAACUAUACCUAAAGACAAGCGAUAUGCAUUUUUUCGUCCUAGGAAUGGGAAAGAAAAUACAUCCAUCCUGGCUAUUUCGAGUUCGUGAACGCCUCAAAAGAAAUGUUUGAGCAACCCUGUCCAGAUGUCUUCUGGUUUCCCUUCCUUUCGGAACGCUUCAGCAGGGAAUUAAUUGAAGAAUUGGAACAUUUUGGCAAGUGGUCGGACGGUAGCCCUUAUGAUCCCCGUCUGGAUGGCGGUUACGAGAAUGUGCCCACAAUUGACAUUCACAUGCGUCAGAUUGACUGGGAGGAACACUGGAUACACCUCAUGCAGACAUAUAUAUAUCCCCUUCAGAAAAGUCUCUAUGAGGGCUACACCGACUUGGUGAGUUGUUGAGCACAUGGCUGCCUUCAAGAUCAGUUUUUCACAAUGUCGGGCUAGAUUUUUGAGUCCUAAUCUAGACCAGUUUAGAGGUUAGAACAAAAGGAAUUUUUAUCCGUAAAUGGUUGUAAUCAUGGUCGUUUCUUGUUUAAAAUUUCUAGCCGACAGCAAGAAUGAACUUUGUAGUACGCUACAAGCCGGACGAGCAACCUUUGCUGCGGCCUCAUCACGAUGCCUCGACGUAUACUCUGAAUAUAGCGCUAAACAAGCCUGGACUCGACUACAAGGUGAAUGUUUUUCUUGCCUUUCUGUCGAUUGCAAGAUGUGUGCAUUAGCAUGACCGAGAUUUCGACUAAGAAAUAGUCGAUUAUGAGGGGGAGUUUCGAAGUGGAAAUGGGAGUCCAAUUGUUUAUGAAGCAGCCGUAUGUAUUCAUCAAUAGACCGGUCUGUUCUGUCUUCAAAGAACAAUAUAGGUUAGUUUUGGAACUCGUUAUUUGGAAACCGUGAACUGUACUAGGUGCAUUUCCGCCUUGUCGUCGCAUUCGCGUUCGUGUGCGCAUGCGUCUAUCUGAUUCGAAAACGUCGUUAAGCAGAGGGACUUGGCUUAAACAGAUUAAUCCAUCGUUGGUUGAAUUAUCAUGAAUCCUCAGGGGUCCUGUUAGUGAAUGAACCUUAAACGACACAACCGGAGCCGAGGCGUGUUUAGCAGUGCUGGAUCGGUCGUCGGAGGCGACAAGGCCAUCCUCCACCUCUCAAGGUGAGCGCAGGCGUGUUAAUUUGCUUCCAGUGAAGCAGACAUGCGUUGAAUCUUAUCUUCCCGCACCCACGGCGCCCCAAUGGCAAGACGAAGUGAAGACGACCGCAACUGGGCGUGUAUACAAUGAGUAGAGUCCUGAAAAAGCUAGACAAACCACACACGCGUUUCCCCUAUGACUUGGUCCACACCUGCUUCAGGGAGUCUAAAAUCCCACGCAAGUAGGACAACCCAAAAAGGGCACAUUAAGAAGGAGUCAUUGAGGCCUAACUCUCGUUUUGAGUAAGGCCGAAUUAUUCCGUCAUCUGGCAGCCUCCGAAACCAGAACUCUUAGUGCGCCGUGAUAGGUUCAGGCGCCCCAUGUUUGUUAUAGUAAGAAGAGCGCCCAGUUGUUAUGAGACAGGGUAUGCCAGAAUCAGCCUCGUUCUCUCUUCCCUCUCAUGCGCCGGUAAUCCUGCCGGACCUUUUUGACUGUUUAGCAAUUAGAGAGUGAAGAUACCAAUGACUCUGUACGGCAGCUGCGAUGUAGUCAUCCUAAGCAAUGUGCGUUUGCGUGGUCAGUGCACACGCGGUAGUUAGACGGGGGCGUGAGUAAGCGUACGAAAGUGUCUGUCAGUACUAGUCUUGAGGAAUCGAUUACUCGACUAGCUGAAGCGUGCACUCUUGCGAUUGGUUGCCAUAGCUUGAUGUGGCUAGUUGCCGGACGCUGAGGUUAUCGGGCCAGUGGGGAUCUACACAUUUAACGGCCCAUGAUCAUUUCGGGUCGAUUGUUAAAACCUUGUUUGCAAUUUUCCCUGCCUCUAAGCGGAAGCCCAUGCUAGCUAGGCAGUCACUUCCCCGUGACGAGGUCCCCUUGAAAGUUCUUAUACGCUUACAUUAUUUUGAUCCCGACAUUAAGUUUUGUUCUGGAGUAACCUUUUUCCCUUCCCAUCUGGGGAUACCGUAAGCGAUUAAUAUAUUGCAGAAAAUUAUUGCGGCUGAGCAGUAGGCUGUAAAUAUAAGUUUCCUGUUCAUUUUCAGGGUGGCGGCGCAAAUUUCAUUCGGUACAAUUGCUCCGUCGUUGACAGUCGGGUCGGAUGGGCGCUCAUGCACCCGGGGAGGCUGACCCACCUUCAUGAAGGCCUUCCCACCACCUUUGGAACACGCUACAUUUUUGUCUCAUUUGUUAACCCAACUUAG